GUCAAAAGUCGUGGUGGCGGAACAUCCCUUGGCAUGGAGCUGCGGGUCAAAGGGAACUCUCGUGUGACUGCCCCAAUCACCCCAGCAAAGACCCGUGCGACAAACAGACCCAGGCGCCGUCGCCCGCCCGAAUACGAAGACCCAUUGACCGCUCCGCUGCAGCUCCUCCUGGAGCUCGAACAUCCCACCACCCGCACCCCCACAAUCGAUUGACAGCCGCGAUCACCAUGGUGAACAAGAUCCUCUUCUGGUCAGGCUUCGGCCUUGCCGUCCGAUUCUGGCAACUCGGCAUUGAAAUGCGUCCCUUCCACCACCAGCUCUGGGCCUACGGCCUGUACGGCGGGGUGGGGGCGAGCUUUGGCUACUGGAUGCAGAGUGUGGAUGACAAGCAGAUGCGCUAUCUCCGUGACACAAGAGACAGACUGCUGGAGAAGAGGAGAAGACGGGCAGAACGGGAAGGGGCGCCAGUGGGCGAGCAGGAGGGCGCGAAUGUGGAGGGCAUUCGCUUGGACGAGACAUCCAGGACCGACGUGACGGAAGGUGCGCAAGACAGGAUAGCUGGCCGAGCGUAAUCGGUGCGAAUGGCAUGGUCGCGUGAAGGAGGAACAGCAGCUCGUGUUGAUCGUGCACGCAAUCAUAUCAGGUAGACGAGGUCCAACAGGUAUCACUUCUCCUCAACUGCACCGCUGGCUACGCACACCAAUCGUAUCCAUUGUGACGCGCGUAAAGCGGCCCUCCUUGUAAUGCAACG